UUAAAACCGCUGUUUAUGCGAAAAAAAAAAACAUGUUGAAUUAGUUUUGCUUGCUUAAAUUGAAGAAACCUAAAUAAAUAUGCGUCCCAAGCUAAGCAUAAGAGAGGAAGUGGAACAGCUCUUUGAAAAGAAGUUCCAAUAUCAAAAGCCAAAGACCAGCGCCUGGUUGCUGCCACAGCAAGAGCCGCUCUUCAGCGAAUUCUACCAGUACGAGUCGCUGCAGGAGCUCAAGGAACAGUUGAAUCGCAUCAAGAGCAAACUGAACAAUUAUGGAGUGCAGGAGUGGAGCACACACACAAAUCGCCGCGAUCCGUCGGGCGAGAUCUCCUGGCGACUCAAAAACGAAACAAAAGCCGAAUUUGUGACCGUGGCUUGGUGCAAGAUCUUCGAGUGCAUGCAUCGUUUUCCACUGGUCACCCAGCCGGAACUGAAUAGUCUACACCUAUGCGAGGCGCCGGGCGCCUUUGUUGCCGCUCUGAACCAUUAUCUGCACUCGGUCUACAAACAGGAUGAGAUCAAAUGGCGCUGGCGUUCCACUACCCUGAAUCCCUACUAUGAGGGCAAUGCACUGAAUGAGAUGAUAACCGACGACCGCUUCAUAUUCCACACGCUGGACAAUUGGCUCUUCCACAAGGACUUCACGGGCAAUCUGCUUAAUGUGGCCAACAUAGAGCACAUGACGGAACGUUGCGCCAAGGAUUUCCCAGCGGGCGUGCAAUUAAUCACGGCAGAUGGCUCAAUCGAUUGCUCGGCACAGCCCGAUUGCCAGGAGGAGAUCGUCGCGCAUCUAUUGUUCGCUGAGAUCCUAAGUGCACUCAGCAUACUGAGCACGGGCGGCAAUUUUGUGAUCAAAAUGUUUACGCUGUUCGAGGCAUGCAGCGUUUCGGUCAUGUAUAUGCUGAACUGUGUAUUCCAGCGGGUGCAUAUCUACAAGCCGGCCACAUCGAAGCGCGGCAAUUCGGAGGUCUAUGUGAUUUGCCUGAACUACCAAAAGGAUGCAGCCGAUCUGCCGCGUCUGCUGAAGGCCAUGCGAGCUAAGCUCGCACAGCCCAACGAUGCCAUGGUCAUGCCUCUGUUUGGCAAGGCGCAAAUACCAAACGACUUUUUGCUGCAGCACAAUAUCGGCUGCCGACUCUUUCUGAAGCUGCAGGAGGAGGCAAUCGAGAGCAGCAUCUAUGCGUACGAGUCCAAGGAUCGCUACUAUCUGCGUCAUUUGCAUCAGCUGCGCGGCGUCGUCUCCUCCAUGUACUACAAUCGCUACAAGGUGCGCCCGCUGGCCGACGAACUGUGCAUUGUCAGGCAGCAGGACAUCAACAAGGCGCUGGGCUUUUCGGUGCCCGUCUAUGGUGGCUCCUAUACGGAGCGUGAGCACCUCAAGCAGGGCGAUCUGCUCAAACAAAUAUACUGCCUGCGACGCGAGUUCAAUCAGCUGGAGAAGUGUCCCAGCGGCACGAACAGCUACAGCCAUGUCAAGGCGCACGGAGCGCCUCUCAAGCUGCAGCUGUGCCGCGGCGCGCCGGUGAGAGCACUGCAGAGCAGUCUCUUUGCAUCGGAGCCGGUGCUGCUGCUGCGUUUGCGCCUUCUGGACACCUUCGAGCUUGAUCCGCUCUGGCAAACUGCGCCCAAGUGCUUGUUCUUCGAUGGCAACAACAGCAAUAUGCAGACGUUAGAUUACGCACCCGCCAGCGACGAUGAUGAGUCAACAUUUCAUAAGGUUCAACGACAUUUCUUUGUCAUGCUAAUUGAGUCAUUGCUGGCACAACGCCCGGCGAAAAUAGUCUUCCACAAGUUUCUGUUUCUCACCCACUAUGCGGCGUCUGUGCUCCUGCUGCUGGCCGAGCACAUCUUCGAGCACACCCAAUUCGAUAACAGCGGCACACUGCAGACCAUAACGCUGACUGGGCCGCUGCUGGAGGCCAGUGCAGAAGCACUGGAGCAGCUGCAGCAACUGCAGCAGGUGCUGAGCAGCGAUGUGGACGAGGCGCAGGAUGCACUGCACAGCGUGUUGCCGUUGCAGCAGCUGCAGAAGAAUCAGUUCAGCAACGCGCUCAUCCAGUACAACAACAGCGUGCUGGUGGCCUGCUUUCGGCGCAUGCUGGGUGAGGAUGCGUUCCCCAGGCGCUUGAGCCGGGAUCAGGCACAUGCCGUGCCUGGCAUCAAAGAGACUGCGGCCGUCGUGUGUUAAUUAUGUAUACGUUUUUUUUUUUAAGUUUCUAACAGAUGAGAUUUUUGUUUACAU